GGAAGGAAAACCCGGAGGACCUGGAGAAAAACUAGCGCGACCACAGGGACAGAGAGGGAAUGUGCAAACUCCAAAUUAAUUUUCAUGAAUUUACCCGAGCACAGACAAACUUGCUAAUAUGGGGAUUGUCAAAUCCUGGUCCACGAUCCAAGACAAAACUAAGUUCAGCAUCAGAGCGACGCUCAACAGAGAUGCCGUGCAUUGGCCUCUCAUGCUCACGCUUGUCCUCCCUUCCCCCUGCCCCAUCACGCACACAGAGACAUUCUUCCAGCCAGUGUGCGGCUUCCUCGCAUUUGGCUUCAGUGACUUCGUGGGGCGCAGCCUCCCGGGCCUCUACAUGUGGCCCAAGGCGGGAAGCUGGUGGCUCCCAGUGCUGGUGGUGCUGCGCCUGGUGUUCGUUCCGUUGUUCCUCCUCUGUAACGUCGCCUCCAGGCCCCUGGGCAUAACCCCCUUCAGACACGACGCCGCCUUUGUGAUCAUCAUGCUGCUGAUGGGCACAAGCAACGGUUACCUUGCCACGCUGUCCAUGAGCUAUGGGCCCCAGUAAGUGAACGCCUUGCCGGUGAGAUGUUAACUCCCUCGCCUGGUACGCAGGAG